GUUUUGUUGUGUGGUUUUCUCUUUUCUCUCUUAACCUAAAAAACCAAUUAAUGGGUGCAAGAAUAAGGUUUGUGGCUCUUGCUUUAGCGAUAUUGAUGAUGGUGAGUUACUGCUUGGCUGCAAAGGUUAUAAAAGUGGAUAUGCUGAAGCACGAAAACACCGCGGUCAAUGGCGGCCGGCGGCUGCUCCAUGACGACAGCAAUGCCAAAAGUGGAUACGCAAAAGAGAGCAGUGUGAACAACCACCAUUACAUUCCUAGGAACGACUUUAACAACUACCCUGGUGGCAAUGAAGAUGGAAAUGGGUAAAUUAAUGAGAUUAGCAAUAAUAUGGGGACUAAACCGGUAACUAGAUAAUAAUUGCAUGAUGUUGCUGCGUGUUUAAUGAGUUUUUAAGACAUAUAUAUGUGAUUAUGAUCUAAUUAGUUUCUGUACGGCAGUACGUAUAUAACUUGUAUUCUGGUUUUAGUUGUAUCGUAUAUCUGUUGUUACAAUUA